AUGGCGCCUACAUUCAGAUCUUCCCGGUCCGGCCGGCAAUUUUCAGAAAACACAAAUCGCAGCCGGACGAAUGCAGCAGACCAUGACAUCUUCGAAGGAUUGCCUAUUCGCCGCUGGACACGUCAGAACCACACGGUUUCUCAAGACGCCAAAAUGGAUAUCCCAGACAACGCCGGCGACAGUGUUAAGGCCAAUCAACCUUUCCCCGAGCUGCCGAUGCCCAAGGACAGCCACUUAUUAGCUCCUCACAGCCGUGCGUUACUUCGUGCUGCUCGAGCAGGAUACAUUUACCUACGUCCCGCACCCAAAGAUACCCAGUCGGUAGAGGAAAGAGAGACGAAUGAGAUGGAAGAGUCGACUCCAGCUACGCAUAUGGAGAGAAGUUACACUGCGCGAAGAUGGACCCAGCUUCCCAGGCAUGUCGAGCUCCCAGAAGUUGAAUUCCUGGCCAAAAGGAGAACCGGGUUGCCUUCGCUUUAUGGUGCUUCUGGUGCAGUUACUGCCGCGGUUCCAAAUGGUUCGCAGCCUAUGCGGAAAACGAAAAUCCGAAAAGUGGAUCCUGGGACUGGCAAUAUUACUAUUUACGAUGCUUGGAUCCCAGAAGGUCAAAAGGUAGAGGGAGAAAUCAGGGACGAAUUUCAAACGUCUGCUCGCCAAGAUGUCACUAUUACCAAAGCAACACCGGCACCGGGAACCGUGAUAGAAGGUGUAGGGGUCGCGAAUGCUGAAGGCAUUGUCGUUGCAUCAACAGCAGUGGAGUCCCCGACUAAGCGCAAGGGGCCGCCACCACCGAAGAGAAAGGGAAAGGGUUUGAGAGGUAAAGGUCGCAAGAAAGUCAUGUUUGCGCCCGGUGAAGGCGUUGAAGCUGGUGGGGAAGACCAAAUGGCUAUUGACGGUGAACAAGACGACGACGAAGAAGACGAAGAAGACGAAGAAGGUGAUGAUGGUGAUGACGCAGAGGGCGGUGAGGAAACUGUCAAGACCGAGGAAGUGAAUGCAGUGGAGGGAACGCCUCAGACAGUCACGCAUUUGAAAGCUACAGCUCCUACGCUAGACGUUGAUACCACGCCAAGCUUGCCUCCAUCUACAGCGGAUAGCAAUAUUUUGCCACCACAAGAAUCUCGGCCUCCUGGGUCUCCGGAAAAGUCAGCUUACACAAAUGCCACAGAGCCACAGCUUCCAGAGACUCCCAACGUCGAGCUGAUCAAGGCUAGAUCAGAAUCACCUGAAAAACCGCGCACUCCAGUUCAACCCCAAUCAGAACAACUGACGCCACCAGCUGUACCCGUUACAAGCAAUGAACCAACAAUAUCAAAUGAUCAAGAUAUUCAUGAUGAAAUCAAAUUAGACCCAGAUGUACAAGAUGGCGAGCCUAGUACUGGAGGUCCAUUCAUUCAGCACCACACAGAUUUGAUGGAAGACGUACAGCACACCCAAGCCAGCGCUGGGUCAAUUGGCCCUGUUGAUAAUAAUCAAGUUACUGAGAGUGCUCAGCCUGCAGAAGAUAAAGUACCUGCGGUGCAGACUGAGGUUAAAGCUGAACAAACCACAAAUAGCAUCGGCCAACUACCCUCGAUAGAAACGCCAGCCCCAUCGGAACUAGCUUCUAAACCCCUGGCAGCUGCCUCUGGAAAAAGCCCUGAUCUCGUGGGCGCCUUUCCAAGUAGUUUGGAAAAGGGGCCUGUUCAACCAGCACAGACAGCGGGCGAAGUGAAAAUUGAACAAGAAGAAUCAAGGACCAUCACAGCUACUACGACAGCUCCAGCGCCAGCUCAAUCAAUGGCACCCCCGCCACUUAUAGAAUCGGUGCCAGCUCCUGAUCCAAUUGCUGCUCCGGCCACAACGUCAGUAUCCAACAUUGUACCCGAACCUGUCUCAGUGCCUGAAACUGCUACAGCUGAUGGGACUUCCCUGGAGAAUAUCUUGGAUGAAGCCCAAUCCACAAAACCACCUGCGAAGGCUGAACUUUCUGAAUCUGCCCCGCAAACAUCAGUCGAUCAAACAGCACAGCCCUCUGACCAAGCUCCCCCCCCCUCCUAA